AUGCGUGUGUACCCUGUGACUGGCGUGGGGCUGGCGGAGGGAGGGAGUGAGCAGCAACAAGAACUUGGCAUCAGGCCUCUGCUUCCCCCGGCCGUCCCCAGCCCCAGCCGCCACACAAACCCGCUGCCGCCUCCUUUCUGCCGCCGCCUCCCCCCUGUACGCCCGGACAGCCCCCGCAUCCUUCGACGCACACUUCACGCCCCGCCCCAGCGACGCACACUUCACGCCCCGCCCAUCGACGCUCACUUCACGCCCCGCCCCAGCGACGCACACUUCACGCCCCGCCCUAGCGACGCUCACUUCACGCCCCGCCCCAGCUACGCUCACUUCACGCCGCGACGCUCACUUCACACCCUGCCCCAGCGACGCUCACUUCACGCCCCGCCCCAGCGACGCUCACUUCACGCCCCGCCCAUCGACGCUCACUUCACGCCCCGUCCCAGCUACGCUCACUUCACGGCCCGCCCCAGCGACGCUCACUUCACGCCCCGCCUCAGCGACGCUCACUUCACGCCCCGCCCCAGCUACGCUCACUUCACGCCCCGCCCCAGCGACGCUCACUUCACGCCCCGCCCCAGCGACGCUCACUUCACGCCCCGCCCCAGCGACGCUCACCACGCCCCGCCCCAGCGACGCUCACUUCACGCCCCGCCCCAGCGACGCUCACUUCACGCCCCGCCCCAGCGACGCUCACUUCACGCCCCGCCCCAGCGACGCUCAUUUCACUCCCCGCCCCAGCUACGCUCACUUCACGCCCCGCCCCAGCGACGCUCACCACGCCUCGCCCCAGCGACGCUCACUUCACGCCCCGCCCCAGCUACGCUCACUUCACGCCCCGCCCUAGCGACGCUCACUUCACGCCCCGCCCCAGCGACGCUCACUUCACGCCCCGCCCCAGCGACGCUCACUUCACGCCCCGCCCCAGCUGCGCUCACCACGCCCCGCCCCAGCGACGCUCACUUCACGCCCCGCCCCAGCGACGCUCACCACGCCCCGCCCCAACGACGCUCACCACGCCCCGCGCCAGCGACGCUCUUCACGCCCCGCCCCAACGACGCUCACCACGCCCCGCCCCAGCGACGCUCACUUUACGCCCCGCCCCAGCGGGGCACACGUCCCGCCCCGCCCCAGCGACGCUCACUUCACGCCCCGCCCCAGCGACGCUCACCACGCCCCGCCCCAGCGACGCUCACCACGCCCCGCCCCAGCGAUGCUCACCACGCCCCGCCCCAGCGAAACUCACUUCACGCCCCGCCCAGCCCCGUCCCGUCCCCGCCGAACACGAAUUUUCGCAGAGGGUCGGAAUAUGUUUACUGA